AUGCUUGAAAAUGUCAGGACAUAUCUGAGGAUCAAGCCACAGGCAAUUCCAGAGGACAUAGUUGUUGGCGGAGACUCAGUAAUCGUGGAUGGAAGCAGCUUCUGCUUCGACAGGGUUUUCAGAGGCUCCACGCAGCAAGAGGUUUUCCAGGAGAUAUCAAAGAGUCUUCUGGUGGAGUGCAUGCAGGGAUACAACUGCACGCUGUUUGCAUAUGGACAAACAGGGAGCGGGAAGACCUACACCAUACAGGGAAACGCCCACAGCAUUGGGAUUGUUCAGAGGUCGCUGAGCCUCCUGCAUAGGAAUGCAGAUCUCAGGAUUUCCCUUUCCUUUGUUGAGAUAUACAACGAGACGAUGCUGGACCUGUUUGACCCCGAGGCUAUCCUAUCGAUACGGGAAGACCCGCUUUGUGGGGUGGUUGUUGACGGCCUGACUAUUGUGGACUGCGACAGCUACGAGAAGAGCAUGGAGAUGUAUUCCAGAGGGACAAGGACAAGGAGGACGUCCUCCACGUCGAUGAACAAGGAGAGCAGCAGAAGCCACUCUGUUUUCACUGUGUAUCUCAAGAGCAGCGGGGAAGUGAUGUCGAGGUCGUCGAGGGUGUGCUUUGUUGAUCUUGCAGGGUCUGAGAGGCUGAGGGAGAGAGAGGUGGAGGAGACGAAAAUGAAGGAGACUGCCAACAUAAACAAGUCUCUCCUGUACCUUGGAAAGGUGAUCAACAAGCUCAGCAACGGUGAGGAGGGGCACAUAGGAUAUAGAGAGUCCAAGCUUACUUUCCUACUCAAGGACUCGCUGGGGGGAAACUGCAAGCUGACGGUCAUCGGAAAUGUCUCUCUGGAGAGUAGAAGCGACAGCAUAAACACAAUGAACUUUCUUCAGAGAUCCAAGAUGAUAAGGAACCUUGCGGUUGUGAACUCCGAUGUAAAUGGAGAGUUGGAAGAGGUGAAGAGCAGGCUGAAGACCCUGGACAGCGAGAACCAGAGCCUGAAGGCCCGCAUUGCUCUUAUAGACAGCCAGAUCCAGGAGGAGUCUAGGGCUCUUCCUUCGUACCAUUAUGACAUCAAAAGGGUGAAGGAUGCAGUCGACGACAUCAUGAGCACUGUUCUGGAUCUAGGAGAGACCGUUGGGAGGGUAUCAGGGGUCGAGUUUGACAAGAACAGAAGGCUUCUUCUCAGCAUCCACGAGUGCUUCAUGUCGAUGCACAGAAGGCAAGAGGAUGCAGAAAGCUCCACGAAGAGAAAGAGGAGGGACGCGAAGGAGUAA